CCUGUUAUCCAUUCAAGUUUACAGAGCUGCAAAGUACCACGUUGGAGUUAAAAACACCAUGAAUACUCUAGCUAACUCCGGCUUCACCACCGCCGGAAUCUCCACCGCUUGGUCCAUUCAGUUGCCAGUACUACGCCGUUGCUCUGGAUUUUCCAGUGGAGGAUUAGCUUUUAUUCGAGCUCCACCGAACCGUAGUCCUUGUAGAAGAAUCAUCUGCAUGGCGGAACCUUAUCUAAUUAAAAAACUCGAUUCAGCUGAGAAAACGUGGAAAGAAUUGUCGGUUAAGCUUGCUGAUCCAGAUGUGGUCUCAAAUCCAAGUGAAUAUCAGAAGUUGGCGCAGUCAAUGUCAGAGCUAGAUGAAGUCGUAUUAACAUACAGGAAAUUCAAGGAUUGUGAGAAGCAAUUGGAAGAAGCAAAAGCUUUAGCUAAAGAAGCUGGCACUGACGAGGACAUGGCUGAGAUGGUUGCUUCUGAAAUUCAAUCCUUGACAGAGCAAAUCAAAGAGCUAGAGGAGAAGUUUAAGUUAAUGCUCCUUCCGAGCGACCCUCUUGAUGCAAGGAAUAUAAUGCUUGAAGUCAGGGCAGGUGCUGGUGGGGAUGAGGCUGGAAUUUGGGCUGGUGAUCUUGUGCGUAUGUAUGAGAAAUACAGUGAACGGAACUCUUGGAAGUUUGCUCCAAUCUCUUGCUCCGAGGCUGAAAAAGGAGGAUUCAAAACAUAUGUGAUGGAGAUCAAAGGCAACCGAGUCUAUAGUAAAUUGAAAUAUGAAUCUGGUGUUCAUCGAGUUCAACGUGUACCACUAACAGAAACUCAAGGCCGUGUUCACACUUCUACUGCAACAGUUGCUAUCAUGCCAGAGGCUGAUGAAGUUGAUGUGGAAAUUGACCCGAAGGAUAUAGAACUAACAACAGCACGUUCUGGUGGUGCUGGAGGGCAGAAUGUUAACAAGGUGGAGACUGCAGUUGAUCUUUACCAUAAACCAACAGGAAUUAGAAUCUUUUGUACUGAAGAAAGGAGUCAGCUUAAAAACAAGAAUCGGGCUUUCCAACUAUUGAGAGCAAAAUUGUAUGAGAUUAAGGUGAGGGAGCAGCAGGAGUCCAUAAGAAAUCAGAGAAAAUUACAGGUAGGUACUGGUGCUCGGUCAGAAAAAAUUCGGACAUACAACUACAAGGACAAUAGGGUCACUGAUCAUCGGCUAAAAAUGAACUUUCCGCUCAUGACGUUUCUUGAGGGUGACAUCGAGACAGCUGUUCAGUCUUGUUCUACUUUGGAGCAACAAGAGUUACUGCAAGAACUUGCUGAAUCUGCCAGUGCACCUGCAUGAUAAUUUGAGGCCUUUGUUUUCGCUAGAAGUUCUAUUUUUUUUCCUUCGUGGAACACUUCUCACACAAAUCCCGAUGGGUCCUCGGAUCAGCAUUGUUUAAAUGGACCGUAAGGAUAUCAUUCUUGUUAGAAUUGUUGUAAAUCUAGGAUCAGUACAAAAGAAUGAGGAGAUCUAGUGCUAACCAGGAGCUCUCUCAGAUCCUUUUUUGGAACUUGGCUUCUAAAUGUUACAGAACACUUCAACAAGAAGUUCAUUAUUGAAAAUCAAAGUAAUCCUUGUGCAUAA